AGCGCGCGAAAGGAUCGAAAUACGGAUCGAAAAAGAAAAUAAGGCGGUCUGAUAAAAAGUUACGAAAAUAAAUUCAUCCAAUCUAAUCAUCUAAUUAAAGAAAAAAAUAAAGUUAAAAUACUUUAUAAAAAACAUUAUAUUUUUAAAAAAUAAAGACUUUUGUUGCAUUUUAUUUAAGUGCUAAUCGAAAACAAACAAACAAACAGACAUUUUCCAAACGCAAACAAUUAACAGAAAUAAAACGCAAAUCACGUUCUUGUGGCGCCAUUGAUUUGCAUAAUUAAAGCCGCUCGGCUUGAUGGUGGGCGAGAUUAGGAGUCGCUCAGAUGAUGGCAGCCUCCUCAUAGAAGCAUAACAAGGGAAAAACCAGCGUGCAAUGAUGCAGGACACCAUUAGCAAAAUGGGUCAGACCCACUUGCAGCAUCGAACACCUUUCAACGAGAGUGUUUUAAAGGACUAUCACAUUACGAACACCGAUAUCGAAAAGUUCGUGAAGUUAUGGCAAGAAUAUCAAAUGAAGAACAUAACCCCCCAGGUGGAUGAGUGCCAGGGCUAUUGUCAAGGGGAAAUUUACAACUGGCUGCGUGCCUACAACAGCAUCCAUGGAUACGUUUCCCUCAUGAUUUGCAUAUUUGGGACAAUAGCAAACAUCUUGAACAUAAUGGUGCUGACCAGAAAGGAAAUGGCCAAGACGCCCAUAAAUAACAUCCUCAAGUGGUUGGCGGUGGCCGAUAUGUUUGUGAUGCUGGAAUAUAUACCCUACACGUCGUAUCAGUACAUCUAUAUGAAACCUGGUGAAAGGGAUUUGAGCUACACGUGGGCAGUUUGUCUGCUGGUUCACAUGCACUUCACCCAGAUCCUGCAUACGAUUUCGAUUGGAUUGACCGUGACUCUGGCGGUUUGGCGUUACGUGGCCAUCAGACAUCCGAACGGGGGCUGUGCCAACUUCCUGCUCGCACAUUCCCGGGAGGCGAUCCUCCUGCCCUUCAUCCUCUCGCCAAUCCUCUGCCUGCCCACGUACUUUGUGUUCAACGUGAGAGAGACCUAUGAUGUCGACAGGCUCAACUCGGAGGCCAUGUACCACGUCUACUUCGACAAGGACUCGGCGCUCUACAGGUUUAAUUUCUGGAUACAUUCCGUGCUCAUCAAACUGCUGCCAUGUGGCAUAUUAAUCGUGAUCAGUGCAGUCCUUAUGCAUGUUUUAUGUGAGGCAUCCAGACGUCGCUUAAAACUGAGAGACUACAAUAAUCCCGCCAAGUAUGCCAUCCAGCUCAACCAGAACGAAUCCAAGUCCAAGAAGCCUCCUCGCUGUGAUCGCCGCAAUGACCGCACUACCCUUCUCCUGGUGGCAGUUCUGGUUCUGUUUCUGAUCACCGAAUUCCCGCAGGGGUUACUGGGUCUCCUUUCCGGAGUGAUGGAAAAGUGCUUCUUCGCCCACUGCUACCCGCCCUUUGGGGAAAUCAUGGAUCUCCUGGCACUCAUAAACGCCGCCAUAGGCUUCGUGUUAUAUGGUCUGAUGUCGAAGCAGUUCCGCACAACCUUCCGAUCGCUUUUCAUGAAGCGGCACUUUGGCAGCACCGAGAUGACCAGGUUGACCAGAGUUACUACAACCUGUGUUUAAAUCGGUC